ACUAUUAAAGAUACUGUAGUGCUACGUCUCCUAAAUAGACUCCCGGUGUGCCAGAACUUCCAUACUGAAUGUGAGGCUGCUGUGAACUGCAUGGUAAACAUGGAGCUGUAUGCCAGCUAUGUAUAUCAGUCCAUGUCCUGCUACUUUGAUCAUGCUGUUGUGGCUUUGAGGCCUGUGACCCGGUUCCUGAAGGAGAAGUCCUAUAAGGCAAAGGAGCAUGCAGAGAGGUUUCUGUCCCCCAGAACAAGCGAGGAGGGUGCAUUGUCCUGCAGGAAGGACAUCAAGAAGCCAGAGCAGGAUGAGUGGGGGAACAGCCUGGAGGCCCUGCAAUGUGACCUACAGCUGGAGAAGAUUGUGAACCAGGCCCUGUUAGCCAGCUUGUGCAGGUCCAUGGAGAAGAGCGAUCCCUGUCUCUGUGACUUCCUGGACUCUGUGUACCUGGAGAAGCAGGUGAAAGGCAUCAAGGAACUGGGGGAAGACCACCUCACCAACCUGAAGCACCUGGGAGUACCCCAGAACAGCAUGGGAAAGUACCUGUUUGACAAGCACACACUGGGGGAGAGCAGCUGAAAUCUUUUAUCCUUCAGUAAGAACCCUGGACCUCUCCUCUAGAAGACAGAAAAAGAUCCACUGCCUAACACCUCAGUAUGGUGAAUAAAAUUUGGCUUCAAGCUA